ACUAACCUUAACGAAAUGGUUCCUUCGAGUGUGGCUCUCGUGGCGGUACUUUUACCUCUAGCAGUGCUCAGUGCGCCAACCGUGCACCUGCAGGAUGGUGUCCACAUCUCAUCUGCUUCUGGUGAGUCUUCCGACAACGACCGCUCGGUGACGGAACCGGGCACGAUAAUGAAACCCCAUAUUGUGGAGCCCACCUGGAUAACGGUGACGAUGCCACCGUUGGCGUACAACCAGCCAGUCGGAUCCAUAAACCAGCCCCACGUGAUGCCACCGUACGUCGGAUACUUCGCUGUACCGCCCCAAUAUCAGCCACCAGUGGCCAAUUCGUGGCCCUCGUACUACCCGGCACCCAACAUGGUCGUUCUGCCGCCGUAUCCUGGCAAUCAUCUGUGCAACCAGCCGGCCAGCUCGUACCGUGUGAUAUAAAACCGGAGUCCCAAGC